AGCAGACCCUGAAAGCUGAGCUGUCCAGACCCCCGAAGUGAAGAAAAGAGGCGAGGGCAAGGGAGGGCCAGAACCAGGGGAGAGAGAAAGGAGGGGCGGUCCACCAGCUCGCUGUCCCGCCACAGAGCCGGCUCAUUUCCAGCUCCAGGAGCCAGCCACUCAGCUGCAAAGGCAGCAACAGCCCCACUCCUCAGGCAAAGGGCAGCAGGCAGGCAGACAGAGGUCCUAGAACUGGAGGUCUUCAGUCUCUGACUACUCGGCCUGGCCCAGCCCCAUGGCCUUCAAUGACCUCCUGAAGCAGGUGGGGGGCGUCGGACGCUUCCAGCUGAUCCAGGUCACCCUGGUGGUUGUUCCCCUGCUGCUGAUGGCUUCCCACAACACCUUGCAGAACUUCACUGCUGCCAUCCCCACUCACCACUGCCGCCCACCUGCCAAUGCCAACCUCAGCAAAGAUGGAGGUCUAGAGGCCUGGCUGCCCCUGGACAAGCAGGGACAACCCGAGUCUUGCCUCCGUUUUACUUCCCCACAGCGGGUACCACCCUUUCACAAUGGCACAGAGGCCAAUGGCACCGGAGUCACAGAGUCCUGCAUUGAUGGCUGGGUCUAUGACAACAGCACCUUCCCUUCAACCAUCGUAACUGAGUGGAACCUUGUGUGCUCUCACCGGGCCUUCCGCCAGCUGGCCCAGUCCCUGUACAUGGUGGGAGUGCUGCUGGGAGCCAUGAUGUUUGGCUACCUGGCAGACAGGCUGGGCCGUCGGAAGGUACUGAUCUUGAACUACCUGCAGACAGCCGUGUCAGGAACCUGUGCAGCCUAUGCACCCAACUACACCGUCUACUGCAUUUUCCGGCUCCUCUCGGGCAUGUCUUUGGCUAGCAUUGCAAUCAACUGCAUGACACUAAAUGUGGAAUGGAUGCCCAUCCACACCCGCGCCUAUGUGGGCACCUUGAUUGGCUAUGUCUACAGCCUGGGCCAGUUCAUCCUGGCUGGUGUCGCCUAUGCUGUGCCCCACUGGCGCCACCUGCAGCUUCUGGUCUCUGUGCCUUAUUUUGCUGCCUUCAUCUACUCCUGGUUCUUCAUUGAGUCAGCCCGCUGGUACUCCUCCUCAGGAAGGCUGGACCUCACCCUCCAAGCCCUGCAGAGAGUGGCCCGGAUCAAUGGGAAACAGGAAGAAGGGGCUAAGCUGAGUAUAGAGGUGCUCCAGACCAGCCUGCAGAAGGAACUGAUGCUAGGCAAAGGCCAGGCCUCAGCCAUGGAGCUGCUGCGCUGUCCCACCCUUCGUCACCUCUUCCUCUGCCUCUCCAUGCUGUGGUUUGCCACUAGCUUUGCCUACUACGGGCUGGUCAUGGACCUGCAAGGCUUUGGGGUCAGCAUGUACCUUAUCCAGGUGAUCUUCGGUGCUGUGGACCUGCCUGCCAAGUUCGUAUGCUUCCUUGUCAUCAAUUCCCUGGGCCGCCGGCCUGCACAGUUGGCCUCCCUGCUUCUGGCAGGCAUUUGCAUCCUGGUGAAUGGGGUAAUACCAAAGGACCAGACGAUCAUACGCACCUCCCUGGCUGUGCUAGGAAAGGGCUGCCUGGCUGCCUCUUUCAACUGCAUCUUCCUGUACACUGGAGAGCUGUACCCCACAGUGAUCCGGCAGACAGGCCUGGGCAUGGGCAGCACCAUGGCCCGGGUGGGCAGCAUUGUGAGCCCGCUGGUGAGCAUGACUGCCGAGUUCUACCCCUCCAUGCCUCUCUUCAUCUUUGGCGCUGUCCCUGUGGCCGCCAGUGCUGUCACUACCCUCCUGCCAGAGACCUUGGGCCAGCCACUGCCAGAUACAGUGCAGGACCUGAAGAGCAGGCGUAGAGGAAAACAGAGGGAACUGCAGAAGCAGAUGAUGCCACUCCAGGCCUCCACACAAGAGAAGAAUGGACUCUGAGGACAGAAGGGGCCUCACACAGCACUAAAGGGAGUGGGCUUCUACAGGUCCUGCCACCUACAUGAGGUGGGGGCAUGAGUGGAGAGACCAGACCAUCCAAGUGUGGAGGCUGCUGUUCAGAGAAAUGCCUCCCCAAGGGUCACUUCAGUAGACCCCACCAGGAACAAUAAUUAAAAGGUCUGACUGUGUGCAACUUCUUAAAUGGAAUGUGCUCUUCAUCAGCAGUAUUCCAGCUCAGUGUUCACACGGUCUGUCCCUCCCCCAGCUCCAUUGCCCUCCACCUCCAGGACUUUACAAAGAAUCCCAGAUAAUUAAAAGACUCUCUUCUCCCACCUUGGUCCCUUCUUCUACGCCUCCACCUCUCUGAUCCUAACAUUUCUGUUUUAGCUAAAUGCCUUAUGCCCCCUUCCCUUCCCAGAAAUCAGAACUCGAUGAGAAACUGAAAUGAAAGCAGCCAAUCAGAGGCUCUGGUUUGGGUUCUUCUCCCUCUGUAAGAGCAGAUAGAAACUUCUAGCUGUAAAAGAGAACGAUGAUCAUAGAUGAUGUCAGGAUGCUGCCCUCUGUAGUUCAGGCUACUAGCCAACCUGGUUCAUUCUGUGUUUGCUGAGUCUUCAAUCUGCUUGUUUCCCGUGGUCCAGGGACAGUGCUGGAGAGUAAGGACAAGGGCUGGACCGUAUUGAACAGCCAGGGAUAGCCAACACUGAGUGCUAAUUACGUGCCAGGCAACAUCUUAAGCAGUUUGAAUAUAUUAACUCAGUUUCUCCUCCGUCACUCUAUGGAGGUAGAUAUUGUUUAAGAAUAAUUUGGUUUGGUUUCAUUUUUUGGUUAUUUUGUCAACUUGACACA